AAACCGAGAAUAAUAAUAUUUUGUUUAUUUAGAUUGGGUUUGUGUUUCACAUUCUCUCUCUCUCUCUCUUCAGUUCUAUUCUAGCCGCUAGGGUUUUUCUCUCUCUAACAACACUGAAAAAGUUUCACUCUUUCAGAUCUAUUUAUAUACAGAGAAGUACGAAUAUAUAUAUAUUUUUAUAAAUUUGAUAUGGAGUUGUUUUUAAGCUAGGGUUGCGUGGUCGCCCUUCACUGUGAGAUUCUCUCUCAGCGAGUUUUUGGUUUUUUGUUCUUUUCGGUUGUCGAGCUUUUCAGUAUUCGGGAAUGGCGACCGCAAACCCCUUUGAUUUGUUGGGGGAUGAUGAUGCUGAGGACCCAUCGCAGUUGAUCGCUGCUCAGAAGCAGGCGGCGGCUGCUGCUGCUGCUGCGGCGCCGACGAAGAAGGCUCAGGCUCAGGGAAAGCCGGCCGCUUCUCCUGCUCUGCAGAGUAAGGCGGCUAAUCUGCCUUCCAAGCCUCUCCCUCCUGCUCAGGCUGUGAGAGAGUCCAAGAAUGAAUCUGGUCGAGGUGGACGUGGGGGUGGCCGUGGUUAUGGCCGUGGUCGUGGCAGUGGUGGUGGGUUCAAUCGUGGAUUUUCGAACAGUGAACAAAGCCCUGCUGGUCAGGGUGCUGUUGAGGAGGGAGAUUCUGGGAGAGAGAGGCGUGGCUAUGGUGGACCUCGUGGUGCUUACCGUGGUGGUCGUCGUGGUGAUUUCAGUAAUGGAGAAGGUGGUGAGGGAGAACGCUCUCGCAGGCCAUUUGAGCGCCGUAGUGGAACUGGGCGAGGAAGUGAAUUUAAACGUGAAGGGGCUGGCCGUGGGAACUGGGGAACAGAUACUGAUGCAUUUGCUCCAGUAACUGAAGAAGCCGUCAAUGAGACUGAAAAGAACAUCGGUGAUGAGAAUCCUGCAGGGGAAGGUGCUGCUGCAGAUGGAAACAAGGAGGUCCCUCCUAAUGAACAAGAAGAAAAAGAGCCUGAGGAUAAGGAGAUGACACUGGAGGAGUAUGAAAAGGUUCUGGAGGAGAAGAGAAAGGCUUUGCAGACACAAAAGGCUGAAGAGAGAAAGGUGGAUGCUAAAGAGUUUGCAUCCAUGCAACAGAUUUCAAGCAAGAAAGAGAAUCAGGACAUCUUUAUCAAAUUGGGUUCUGAGAAGGACAGGAAGAAGGAGGCUGCUGAAAAGGAGGAAAGGGCAAAGAAGUCUGUUAGCAUCAACGAGUUCUUAAAGCCUGCUGAGGGAGAAAGGUUCUUCACUCCGGGCGGUCGAGGCCGAGGUAGGGGCCGUGGUGGUUCAAGAGGAGGAGGGAACGUUGGAAACUACCAGAGCAGCAAUGUGUCUGCCCCAUCUAUUGAAGAUCCUGGACACUUCCCAACCUUGGGUGGAAAGUGAGACACCCGAGAACCCCAAUUUACAUAAUGCUCUAUUUUAGAUUUUGGGUUCUUUUCUUUAAUCUGAAGCAGGAAAUUGACAUGAAUAAUUGGAUUUUUUCCAUUAAUAGUUUUUCUUGUCCUUCCUUUUUUGCUCACUCUUGUGCCUUAGAUGUAAAUUUCAGGCAUUUUCUAUGUUCCCCUCUAGUUUUCUUUUCUUUUUUUCAUUUUUCUUUUUCUCUUAAUGGGACUUGGGGGCAUAUGAAAAGGGAUUUAUUUAUGGAUAAAAAUCUCAUCGUUGACCAGUUUUGUUUUGAAAUAGAUAUCUAGACAUUUUCUGA